AUGGCUGAAAAUUCUCAGCAAUUUGGUACGAGGGCUGAUGGAGCUAUAAGGCGAGUUAAUAAGGUAAGCACUAAAAAUCUUGAAAAUCAAAUUUCUAAUUUAACUGCUUUGGUUCGUCAAAUGGCUGUAGGACAAUUGCAAAUGGCAAAAGCUUAUGGAGUAUGCUCAGUUCAAGGACGUCCCACUGAUAUAUGGAGAGAUCACCCGAAUCUGAGCUGUGGAAACCAAGGAGGACAACAAAAUUAUCCUUCCCAGAAUUUCAUUAGACCACCUCAAGCUUCAAAUUCAGGUAUGUCUUUGGAAGAUAUUGUUAAGAAUCUUGCUAAUAAUGCUCUUCAAUUUCAACAGGAAAUAAGGUCAAGCACUCAAAAUUUAGGCAAUCAAAUUACUCAACUGGCUACGUCAGUUAGUAAAUUGGAGGCUCAAAAUUCUGGAAAACUACCUUCACAAACAGAGAUAAAUCCAAAGGAGAAUGUUAGUGCAAUUUUUCUAAUAAGUGGAAAGGAGAUUCCUUCAGGGUCGAUUCCACUUAAGGAAAGUGAACCGAGCAAGAAAAAGGAAGAAGAAGCUUCCUCUAAAGUGUCACGUGUGGUAAAAUUCGACCCUCCUCUAUCUCUUUCAUCUCACACUCCAUUACCUCCUUUUCCUAGCAGAUUAGCUAAGCCAAAAGAAGAUGAGCAAGAAAAGGAGAUCCUAGAUAUAUUUAGGAAGGUGGAGAUAAAUAUCCCAUUGUUAGAUGCUAUCAAGCAAAUUCCUAAAUAUGCAAAAUUUAGGAAUGUCAUGCCAUUUUCUAUCUAUCAAGAGUUGAAACUAAAUAACUUGCAAAAGAAUGGUGUAAUGAUUCAAUUAGCUGAUCACUCUUAUAUUCGUCCCCUUGGAGUUGUUGAAGAUGUUUUGGUGCAGGUUAAUGAGCUCAUAUUUCCUGUCGACUUUUACAUUUUGGAAAUGGAUGAUGAGGGUACUCUCUCCGUAGAGUUUGAUGCAGAGAUUGUUAAAUCUAAUAUUUUCGAUGCAAUGAAAUAUCCUAAUAAUUUAUAUUCUCUUUGCCAUAUUGAUGUAAUUAAUCCAAUUGUGCAAGAAGUAUUUGCAAAAGGAAAUGUUAGUGAUGAGCAAGAUUUAUAUGCACAAUCUAAUUUAGAAGUGGAAAUUAGAAGCUUAGAUUCAGAUAAAAUUUUCAAACUGAAUGGUCAUAGAUUGAAGAUCUUCCAUAAGGGUGAAAUUGCUUUAUGUCUCAUUAGUUUUCCUUCGGAUCACCCCACUUAUUUGGAUGACUCAAAUAUUUUAUCAUUCCGUCGAGCAUAA